UAUGAUCUUUCAUUUUCGUCUUCGUUUCUCUAUCCCCAUUUUCUCUUAUCAGAAACCCUAAUUUACUUUCUACCAAUUUCACAAAAAUUGUAAAGACUCUGAAUUUCACUUCAAUUGAUCUCAUGGGUCAGUCUAGUUCUUCGCUUGGACCUCCUUCGUCGGAGGAUUAUGGCCAGGAAAUUUCUCGGAGUUGCAGAUUUAGCUUCAGGUCUUCAUCUUCUUCUUCUUCUUCGAAAGAAGAAGGUGAGAUUUUUAAUUUGAAAAGCGGUGGUUUUGAUGGAGGAGGAAGUAGUGGAUUUGGGUUUGACUAUACAAGUAAUCUUCCUGAUGAGUGUUUAGCUUUGAUUUUUCAGUCACUUGGUGCUGGAGAUCGGAAAAGGUGUUCUCUUGUUUGUAAACGGUGGUUUAGAGUUGAUGGUCAGAAUCGGUAUCGGCUUUCAUUGAAUGCUAAGUCAGAGAUAUUGACUUUUCUUCCUUCUUUGUUAGCUAGAUUUGAUUCUGUAACAAAGCUUGCUCUUCGUUGUGAUCGUAAAUCGAUUAGCGUUAAUGAUGAUUCGUUGAUUUUGAUUUCGAUUCGUUGUCCUAACCUUUCAAGGGUUAAGCUUCGUGGGUGUAGAGAAAUUACCGAUUUGGGUAUGGAGUUUUUUGCUCAAAAUUCCAAGUCUUUGAAGAAAUUCUCAUGUGGGUCUUGCAUGUUUGGUGCAAAAGCCAUGAAUGCUCUCCUCACUCAUUGUAAAGCUCUAGAAGAGCUUUCUGUAAAGAGGCUUCGAGGAAUCCAUGAAGGUUCUGAGUUGAUCGGGGAAGGCAUGGCUGCUUCAUCUCUUAGAUCCGUUUGCUUGAAGGAGUUGAUGAAUGGACAAGUAUUCCAACCUCUUAUAGUUGGAGCGAAAAAGCUAACGACUUUGAAGUUGAUUCGGUGUGUUGGGGAUUGGGAUAGAGUUUUGGAAAAGAUUGGAAAUGGGAACACUGGUUUUGUUGAAAUCCAUCUUGAGAGGCUUCAGGUUAGUGAUUUGGGGCUUUCUGGUAUAUCAAAAUGUUCAAAUUUGGAAGUUUUGCGUAUUGUUAAAACUCCAGAGUGUACAAACUAUGGUCUUGUGUGUAUUGCUGAACACUGUAGCCAACUCAGAAAGCUUCAUAUAGAUGCAUGGAGAACCAAUAGAAUUGGUGAUGAGGGUCUUAUUGCUGUAGCCAAACAAUGCCUUAAUUUACAGGAGCUUGUUCUGAUUGGUGUGAACCCCACUUCAUUGGGCUUAACAGCAGUUGCUUCAAAUUGCCAGAAGCUUGAAAGGUUGGCUCUAUGUGGUAGCGGCUCGGUUGGUGAUGCAGAAAUAGCCUGCAUUGCUGCAAAAUGUUUAGCCUUGAAGAAGCUGUGUAUCAAGGGUUGCCCGAUUUCGGAUGUGGGGAUAGAAACCCUUGCUUGGGGUUGCCCCAAUUUGGCUAAGAUUAAGGUCAAGAAAUGUAGGGGAGUGAGUGGUGGGAUUGCUGAGUGGUUGAGGGAAAGAAGGGAAUCAUUGAUAGUCAAUUGGGAUGAUGGUUUAGACAAGCCUUUGGUUGAUGCUAGUGUUAGUAGUAGUCACACUGGAGCUCAAGAAAUGGGAAUGGUGCUUCACCAAACGGUUCGCCGAGGAACAGAUGCUAGUACUGCAGCAGCUUCAAGUAGUAGUAGUAGUAGUAGUAGUAAUGGUCCAUUGACAAUGUUUAGAACAAAAAUUGGUGUUUUUGCAUAUAGAAAUUUAGUGCAAUGUGCUUUCAGCAGAUAUCCAAGUGAUGAUAAUAGAUCAUCCAACAGAAACUUGUGAUGAUAUCCAGCUUGUUAUUUUCUUGAGGCAAAGCAUUAUUAUUCUUUUGUGUACUAUUUACUGAUUUGUAUGUAUCUUUGGGGUUUUCUUUUAGUGAAAUUGAAUUGCUUUAGCUCUGCAUUUUGUUAA